AGGGUAAUAUGUUUUUACCAUUCUCAGGCUACUGUUGCAAAAAUACUAGCCUGCGAAGUGGACACAGGGGCCGCCCUCCCAACUGCGAAGUGCAAACAGGGCCGCCCUCGCCAACUGCUCUAUCCUAAUUCGUUCAUAGCAGGCAACCAUCAACCUCGAAAGAGAAAGAGAAAGAGAAGAAGAAGAAGAAGAAGAAGAAGAAGAAAGAAGUGAGAAGAUGGGCUGCUCCUUUUUCUCUCACAUUCUCGUUCUCUCCAACACUUCUCCGCGUUUCAUCACUUCGCUGCCAUGCCGUGGAAUUGCAAGUAGAUAUAUGAAAAGAGCGGUUUCUAAUCGUCAGCGCAGGCUUCUGAAUGGGCAUGGCUUACCGGGGUUUCGAUGCUGCUGCAGUGUCUCGCCCUCGCAGCCUGCUGUCUUGGAUAGUUCUUCAGGCUCUGUAGUAAAGAAAAGGAUAGUUUCUGGAGUGCAGCCGACAGGAUCUAUACACCUUGGGAAUUAUCUUGGCGCCAUUAAAAAUUGGAUUUGUCUUCAGGAUAUUUAUGAUACUCUCUUCUUUAUAGUGGAUCUUCAUGCGGUGACAUUACCAUAUGAUACUCAACAACUAUGUACAGCAACAAGGGACACGGCAGCCAUUUAUUUAGCCUGUGGUGUGGACACCUCUAAGGCUUCCGUCUUUGUACAGUCUCAUGUUCAUGCCCAUGUAGAAUUGAUGUGGUUGCUGAGUUCUGCCACACCAAUUGGGUGGCUGAACAGAAUGAUACAGUUCAAGGAGAAAUCCAGGAAGGUGGGGGAUGAAAAUGUUGGUGUUGCUCUUCUGACUUAUCCUGUUCUGAUGGCUUCUGAUAUUCUCUUAUAUCAGUCUGAUUUUGUACCAGUUGGUGAGGAUCAGAAGCAGCAUCUGGAGUUGACACGCGAGCUUGCAGAGCGUAUUAAUUAUUUAUAUGGAGGAAGAAAGUGGAAGAAAUUGGGAGGGCGAGGUGGUGCAAUUUUCAAGGUUCCUGAGCCUCUUAUCCCUCCAGCGGGAGCACGAGUGAUGUCCCUCACUGAUGGCCUUUCUAAGAUGUCCAAAUCUGCACCCUCAGAUCAAUCCCGAAUCAAUCUUCUUGACUCAAAAGAUGUAAUAGCAAACAAGAUUAAACGUUGCAAAACUGACUCAUAUACAGGUCUGGAAUUUGACAAUAUGGGCAGACCUGAAUGCAACAAUCUUCUUACAAUUUAUCAGCUAAUUUCAGGCAAGACAAAAGAGGAAGUUGCACAGGAAUGCCGGGAUAUGAAUUGGGGCAUGUUCAAGACUCUACUCAUUGACACUUUGAUAGAUCAUUUACAUCCCAUCCAGGUUCGCUACAAGGAAAUCAUGGCCAGUCCGGAUUAUUUGGAAGGUGUGCUGGCAGAGGGUGCUGCGAGAGCUGCAGAUAUAGCUGAUGCUACUCUCAGCAAUGUGUACGAGGCAAUGGGGUUCUUGCGGAGAUGAGCAGAAUUGAUCCUCUGCAAAAACCACUGUUGGGAAAAACUCAUUCAAUGAGCAUACUAAUUUUUGGAUGAUCCGUCAUCUUCCAUGAGUUGAAUUUUGGGCGAUCAUAUGACUGAUGGUUAAAUAGUAUUUUAUUGACGGUAAAAGGGUAUUUUAUUGGGAAGGUCCCCCACUAGUUUUUAUAACUUUUGGCCUUGGUCUCGGCCAUUCCGGACAUUCUUGUAUUCUUUUUGUGACAAUUCUUAUAUUCUUUUUGUUCUUUAGUUCCGCCAGUAUACAUUUGCACCUUUUAUUUAAUGCUACCUAAACUUUAGCUAUUCAA